AUGUGUUUAACAGUACAGAUUCAGUUCUUUGCAUCAGCUCUUCGAUUGUAUAAUAGAACGUACAAGUGGCUAGUUUUGGCAGAAAGCAAUCCUGAUCCUGACAUAAUAUUUCAAAAUUUGAGUUUAUAUAUCAACGCAGAAAUCAUACUAGCAACCAAAAAUGAGAAUCAACGUCUAGAAGCAAAUUACACAGGGUUUUAUAAAAAUGACACAGGAUUAGUUCUUAAGCCACAAGAUCCAAAAUAUAGCGUUAGGAAUAAUUUUCACAAAUAUGACCUUAGAGUCGCCACAGUGGUGUCGCGAGAUCUUGAUGAUAACGAAGAUGAUUUAAUUGAAAUGUUAAGUACAAGACACCCUGUCAGGGGUAUUGUUGGGUUAACAAAGUACCAUAAUGAUAUAGUAACUGUGGUACGAGACUUGCUUAAUUAUUCCAUCGAAUACUACCCAAAUAAAGAUUGGGCAGGUGAAGCCCCAAAUGGAACUCAUUUGGGGGUAGUGGGUUGGCUUAGAUCUCGAGAGGUUGAUAUUUCUGGAACCGGAUUUUAUAUGUCGGGAAAUAGACCGGAGUAUAUGGACUUUAUAAACGGAUUUUGGAUGUUUGAAACUGGAUUCAUGUACAGAGUAUCAGGAUUAUCGGGGGCACAAGAAGGAUCACUUUCCAAACCUUUCAGAGAUGAAGUUUGGAUAGUUACAGCAGUGAUGGCCAUCGUUAUAUUUUUAUUUUUCAAAUGCUCGUCGGCAAAUGAGAAUGUAUUUAAAAGUUGGAGUUUCUCUACAUUGUCAAUUUUAGCUGCAUUCUGUCAACAAGGUAUGGAACCAAGCCCUUCACACGUCGCGCAGAGAAUAGCAUGCUUGGUGCUAUACGUCGCAACAUUACUUCUGUAUAAUUAUUACACAUCAAGUAUUGUUGGUUUCUUGUUAAGUGUGCAGCCUGAAGGUUUAAAAACCAUUGAACAGAUAGCUUCCAGUUCUUUAACUGUGGUCUUCGAAGACGUUUCCUAUGGCAGAGUCUUGGUCGAGGAACGAUUCAUACCAGGACUGGAAGUGUUGUAUGAAAAAAAACUGAAGCCGCCUCGCAAACAGAACCAACCAGGUGUAUUCGUCGUAGACAAGGAAGGCAUCGGCCUGCUGCAGAAAGGCGGCUACGCGUACCACACCGAAAUCCAGAGCGCCUACGCUAGCAUAGGAAAAACAUUCGACCAGCAGGAGAUAUGUGAAUUGAGAUCGGUUAUGGUGUAUCAGAAAGCUCCGCUCUACAUAGGAAUGCCAAAAAAAUCGCCUUUAGGAGAGAUAUUUUCCAUCGCCUUUUUGAGGCUCAAAGAAAACGGCAUUGCUCAAAGAUUCCGCAAAUGGCGAGCUAACGAUAGGCCUCCUUGCAAUUCCAAUUUUGUAGAUGCAGUGUCUUGGUAUGGUGUUGCAGUUGCUUUUAAACUAUUGGGAAUAGGUGUUGGAGUCAGCUUGCUUCUUCUACUUCUAGAAAAGGCAAUGAACCAUGUAACGCAACUACAACUAGGCAAGAAACAAAUAAUUGCUGAUAAGUGUCAGGACGAGAUUGUAGUUAAAGGAAUAUCAUUUUUAAAAUAA